CUCCCGUGGCAUUUUUUAGGCCCAUUAUUAUUUUUGGUUUGAGAAUCUAGGCCCAAUAUUUCAAUCGUGACUUUAUUCAUGUCAUGAGAGGGCAGCAGUGGCAGGUCCAACAUUAAUCCUUGCAAACUAAAAGUUCUUCUGUCAGUCAGAAGUCCUGAAAUAAACCGCCAACGACAACAUUUUAGGUUUAAAAUUCAACGAACAUACGUGUGUAACUAACACCUGUCGAUUCCAAAACAAAAACCGCAGGAGUUUGGUCUUUCAAGUUACCACCUACAUAAGUACGAGUUAUUUACAACAUGGGCAAAGCUUCAAGAGAUAAGAGGGAUAUAUACUACAGAAAAGCAAAAGAAGAAGGUUGGCGUGCUCGAAGUGCCUUUAAGCUCCUUCAAAUAGAUGAGGAAUUCAACAUAUUUGAAGGAGUGAAGCGUGUGGUAGAUUUAUGUGCUGCCCCUGGUAGCUGGAGUCAGGUUUUGAGUCGUAGAUUGUAUCUGCCAGCAAAGCUUUCUCCCGACUCAAGGGAGAGUGAUCUUCCUCUGAUUGUAGCCAUUGAUUUGCAGCCCAUGGCUCCAAUUGAAGGUGUUAUCCAGGUGCAAGGUGAUAUAACAAAUGCUCGAACAGCUGAAGUGGUUAUUAGACAUUUUGAGGGUUGCAAAGCUGACCUGGUUGUUUGUGAUGGUGCUCCUGAUGUAACUGGUCUUCAUGACAUGGAUGAAUUUGUUCAGUCCCAGCUUAUACUAGCGGGUUUAACAAUUGUUACUCAUGUACUUAGAGAAGGUGGAAAGUUUAUUGCAAAAAUAUUUCGCGGGAAAGAUACAAGUCUUCUUUACUGUCAGCUGAAAUUAUUUUUCCCUCUUGUGACUUUUGCAAAACCAAAAAGCAGCCGUAAUUCCAGUAUAGAGGCCUUUGCAGUUUGCGAGAAUUAUUCCCCUCCUGAAGGAUUUAAUCCAAAAGAUCUAUAUCGCUUGCUAGAAAAGGUGGGGAGUCCAUCUGGAGGAGAAGAUCUAGAUUGCAGUAGUGGAUGGUUGGAAGGGCCAAAUAAGGUGUAUAUCCCAUUUCUAGCUUGCGGGGACCUCUCUGGGUAUGAUUCUGACCGUUCGUAUCCGUUACCAAAAGUUGCUGAUGGAACUUACAAGAGCUUGGAUCCUGUACAGCCCCCUAUUGCCCCUCCUUAUAAGAGAGCUCUUGAAUUGAAGAAAUCGUCCAGUCAUGGAAUCCAAGAGCUUGAAAAGCUCUCCUUGGAUUCUUGAUCAUGACGUAUAACAAACUCAAGUUGCUAAAUUUGUUAUAUAUGAGUAAUUACUUGAUUAAUGGAUAGACAAUAAUUAGUGUAGGCCUUAAAAACUUUUUGUUGUGCUAAAACACCCAUUGCUUUUUCCUCAUACUGGUUUACUUGUCCCACAAAUUGUUGGGAGCAUCUUUGAUAACAUAUUUCAAUUUAUUUCUGGUAUAUUGGCUACAAGAUAAUAUUGAGGUGAUUUAUGGAA